AUGGCGUCACAUCCACUGCCAUUAACUUCCCCUCCUGGUUCCCCACGGCUGCUGCCCCGUCGGCCCAGCCUGGAGCCAGAACGGGAGAUUCUCUCGACCAGAGGCCAACGCAUCUUGUCUCUCCUGCCCAGCCGCGCCUCCAGUGUGGCCUUGUGCGAUGAAGAGACGAAUCUAGAGCCUCCGACAUUUCUGCGCCGUGGUUCUCUGUUAAUUGGACAAAGUAAUCCCCGAUAUGAAUGGCAGCGCUACUAUCGGUCUCCCGAGUCAUUGAAAGGUCUGCGCAAGCCGAUCCGACAAUACUACGAACGGACCAAUGAAAUGAUCUCCCAGUAUCUGUAUAUUGACCGAUUGCUGGACUCAUCACUGCCACAUAAUUUAAUCGAAGACUACGCCGACUGCCAUCACUUCGACGUGUACGCCGCCCAUCAUCAUCAUCAUCAUCAUCAUCACCACGAUGACCAAGAUGAUCAAGAUGACUAUACUCCUAGCGAGACUGCACCUGUAAACACCAAAGCGGGCCGGAUCAAGCGUACUCCGCACAAUCUGUACCGAAUCCCAGAUGAAACAGCACCUCUGCUCUCACCCGUGGCCGAGAACCACUGCCAUCACCAUGCCCUCCCGGACGUCGAGUCCCACGGAGGCCUGUCCCCGGAAACGGAGGAGCGCCUCGUCAAUUGGGCCAUCCGGAUCAACUUCGCAGCCAACGUGAUCCUCCUCGGAUCUAAGGUCGCCAUCAUCGUCAUGACAAGCUCCAUGUCGAUGCUGGCGGGUCUGGUGGACGGUGUUUUAGACUUCCUCAGCACAGUGAUCAUCUGGGUCACGACCACCUUGAUCCGCCGCCAGGACCGCAGCCGCUAUCCAAUCAGUCGGCGCCGACUCGAGCCACUGAGCGUCCUAGUCUUCUCCGUGAUCAUGGUCACGUCCUUCUUCCAGGUCGGGCUAUCGUCUUUUAACCAGCUGAUAGGGGACGAUCAUACCGUUGUUGAGCUGUCAGUGCCGUCGAUCGCACUGAUGGCCGGGACGGUCAUUCUCAAACUUCUGUGCUGGAUCUGGUGCCGCCUUAUUCCGAGCCCGAGUGUACAACUCCUCGCUCAAGAUGCGAUGACCGACGUCGUGUUCAACAUAUUUAGCAUAAUCUUCCCACUGGUUGGUGGAUUCGCACACUUGUGGUUCUUGGAUCCCCUUGGAGGCCUCUGUCUGUCCAUCUACAUCAUGUGGAACUGGGGCCAGACUGCAAGCGAGUACAUCUGGCGUCUAACCGGUGCAGCCGCUUCGCCCACCGACCAUAACAUCCUUCUUUACAUGACAAUGCGCUUCUCCAGAGUGAUUCAGAAGAUCCAGGACCUCAAGGCGUACUACGCCGGGGAUAAGCUCAAUGUUGAGGUCGAUCUGGUGGUGGACGAACAGACCAGUUUGCGUGACAGUCACGACGUCGGGGAGAGUCUGCAGUACAUCCUUGAGAGCGUGCCCACCGUCGACCGUGCUUUUGUCCAUCUAGACUAUGACCCGUGGAAUCUUCCGAGCCACAUGAAUCAGAUGGACCGCUAG